UUCACAUGUAAACAGUCGACUGCAGAUGAAUUCAGAAAGAGCAUGUGGCCAAAGGAAUACUUAUACGAGGGCAUUCAUACUUAUACAUUAGCUGAUCUGCUACAAGUGCCCUCAGGUCAGCUGACACAGAGUCUGAAGAAGUCCAUUAAGUUUGCCACAAAGCAUGUGUAUGAGUGUCCCCUGUGUAGUGGGAAGGGGUUCAUCUGCGAGCUCUGUCACAAUCCUAAAGUCAUUUAUCCAUUCCAGACAGAUGAUACAAUCAGGUGUACCAAAUGUAAGUCUGUGUUCCACAAAUCCUGCAAGUCUGAUUCCAAGUCCUGUCCCAAAUGUGCUCGGAGAAACAAGAGAAAAUCACAAACAGGGGACUGCCUGGAGACCCCUGAUAUCCACGAUUAUGCUUUUACCCCGCAACUUGUCUUGACAGGAAUUUCCUAUCUGUCGUUAUUGAUCAACCUGCUGAUAUCCAGAGGGGGAAAAUUAUACAUAAAUCAGCUGAUUUUAUUUUACAUGUAUUAA